CAAAAACUUUAUGCAGAUGAUGAAGAUGACAUCUACAAGGCCAAUAACAUUGCCUAUGAAGAUGUGGUUGGGGGAGAAGAUUGGAACCCGGUGGAGGAGAAAAUAGAGAGCCAAACUCAGGAAGAGGUGAGAGACAGUAAGGAGAAUACGGAAAAGACUGAGCAAAUCAAUGAUGAGAUGAAGCGCUCCGGGCCCCUGGGUCUCCAGGAUGAAGAUCUCCCCAGGGAGAGUAAAGACCAGCUCUCGGAUGACAUCUCCAAAGUGAUGGCCUAUCUGAAAAGGUUAGUGAAUGUCGCAGGGAAUGGGAGGUCACAAAACGGGGACAGAGCAGCCCGGCUUUUUGAGAAGCCACUUGAUUCUCAGUCUAUUUAUCAGCUGAUUGAAAUCUCAAGGAAUUUACAGAUACCCCCUGAAGACUUAAUUGACAUGCUCAAAAAUGGAGAGAAGCCAAAUGGGUCAGUGGAACCAGAGCAGGAGCUUGAACUUCCUGUUGACCUAGAUGACAUCCCAGAGAUUGACUUAGACCGCGCUGACCUGUUCCAGAACAAGAUGGUCUCCAAGAGUGGCUACCCCAAAGCCCCUGGCCGGGCUACGACAGAUGCCCUACCAGAUGGACUCAGUGUCGAGGACAUUUUAAGUCUUUUAGGGAUGGAGGGCACAGCGAAUCAAAAGCCUUCAUAUUUCCCCAAUCAGUAUAAUCGGGAGAAGGUUCUGCCAAGACUCCCCUAUGGUCUCGGAAGAUCUAGAGCAAACCAGCUUCCCAAAACUGCCUGGAUGCCAGAUGUGGACAACAGACAACUGGCGUAUGAAAACCUGAAUGAUAAAGAUCAAGAUUUAGGCGAGUACCUGGCCAGGAUGCUAGUUAAAUACCCUGAGAUCAUGGCUUCAAACCAGGUGAAGCGAGUUCCUAGUCAAGGCUCAUCUGAAGAUGACCUGCAGGAAGAGGACCAGCUCGAGCAGGCUGUUAAAGAGCAUGUGAAUCAAGGCAUCUCUCACGAGACUGACCAGCUAGCCUCGGUGAGCAAAAGGUUCCCUGUGGGGACCCCAAAGAAUGACGAUUCUCCAAACAGACGUUACCUGGAUGAAGACCUGUUACUAAAAGUGCUGGAAUACCUCAACCAAGAAAAGGCAGAAAAGGAGGAGCAUAUUGCUAAGCGAGCAAUGGAAAAUAUGUAAGCAGCUUUCAUUGAUUGCCCUACUUUCUCCCACCCCAAGCAAAACCCCAAUGUUUCUCUUUAGUGUGUUGACCUCUAUCCUGUUAACACCAUAAUAUCUUUAAACGAUGUACAGGCAGAUGAUUCCAUUUCACUGGGGUGGCUGCUUCACUUACUCUGAGCUAUUCUCUUGUGUAUGGGUAUGUGUAAAUGUUAUGACUUGUGGAUAAA